AUGUAUAUUCAGUUCCUCUCCCACAUAAUUUCAUUACUCUCCAUCAUCUUCGUUCACUUGGAAUCUUUUGCGGAUGGCGCGCCCGUCGGAGUGUGCUACGGCCGGGUAGGCAACAACCUGCCACCGCCCACCGCGGUGGUCGGCCUCCUCCAGGCCAACGGAAUCCAAAACGUCCGCCUCUUCGACGCCGACGCGGCCACCCUCCGAUCGUUCGCCAGCACCGGGAUCAGCCUCAUGAUCGACAUCCCAAACGAGAGCCUCCCGUCCAUCGCGUCCGGCACCGCCAACUCCACCGUCGACUGGCUCAUCUCCAACGUCUUCUCCCACAUCCCGCCGUCGCAGGUCAGGUACCUCGCCGUCGGGCCGGAAGCCUUCGUGAGGGACGCCUUCUACACCCCUUACGUCGUCCCGGCCAUCACCAACCUCCACGGGGCCCUCCAGUCCGUGGGCCUGGCGGGCCGGAUCAAGAUCUCGUCCCCUCAGCCCAUCUCCGUCAUGUCGGGCUUCUACCCUCCUUCCUCGGCCCACUUCGACCCGCUCAUCAAGCCCGCGAUGAUCCCUCUCCUCCAGUUCCUCCGCGACUCCGGUUCCCCGCUCAUGGUCAAUCUCUACCCUUACGAGGUGUACGUGUCGCACUCCAAUAGGAUCCCGCUCGAGUACGCGCUCUUCAAGGCCGACGCCGAGUUCGGGGACAGCGGGCUGAUGUACGACAAUCUGCUCGACGCGAGCAUCGACGCGUUCGUUCACGCGAUGGAGAGGGAAGGGUUCCAAGGGAUUAGAGUGGUGGUGGCGGAGACCGGGUGGCCGACGGCGUGCGGGGAGGCGGCGGGUGUGGACAACGCGCUCACGUACAACGACAACGUGGUGCGGCGGGCGGUGAACGGCGUGGGGACGCCGAAGCGGCCCAAGGAGGAGAUGGAGGUGUACAUGUUUGAUCUGUUUGAUGAGAACGAGAGGGGCGGGGAUGAGUAUCAGAAGCACUUCGGGAUCUUUUCGUUGGCUGGGGUUAAGCUCUAUGAUCUCAGAUUUAGCAGUAAUUAG